AGGACGGAAAAGUCUGGCGGGGAGUGGGUGAGGCUUUGGGAAGUCCUGCAGUCGCUGGUGAGCGAGGAGGGCGUUGGCUUGAGUGAGAACGACUUGUGAUCAUUGCGUCUCGCUUGGGCUCGAACUCGGCAACUGGCUUCACUUCCAGGGAUUCCAGGGUCAAAAUUGUGCAGCAGUCAACUAAAGAUAACUUCUUGGAUUCAAUAUGUUGCUGUUACUAGUGUCAAUCUGCCUCUUGCACCUGAUGACCAUCAUCUUUCUCAUUAUCGCUACAGCUAACAAUGUUUGGUGGACCACAGAUGAUCAUGGCACGGACAUUUGGAAGGGAUGUUUCUACAGCAACGGCACCUGUUUUGUUAUAGACUAUAAAGGUUUGGAUGAAUCCUUGCAGGCGAUCCAGGCGUGCAUGGUGCUGGCUGUGAUCUUCAGCUGCUGCGGGCUCUUCGUUUUCAUCUGCCAGCUCUUUACACUGAAUCAAGGAAAUCGAUUCAUCUUCACCGGUGUCUUCCAGCUGCUCGCCUGUUUGUGUGUGGUGAUCGCGGCAAGCAUCUACACCAUUUACUUCCACCGUGACGACAAGACUGGCUGGUACGGCUCCUCCUAUGUCCUGGCUUGGCUCUGUUUCCCCUUGACACUGGCCAGUGGGAUAAUGUACACGAUACUUCGCAAGAGAGAGUAGGCCUCCCCCUUACGGCCGAUGUACAAGGCUCAGGGAAAAUGGAUCUUGGGGCCUAGUUAAAUUUUUUUUAAAUCUUAAACUGGAUUUCCAUUUUGAAAAGACAAUGCUAUUUUUGUAAAUUCUUUGUCCUUUACUCGUACUCUCUCGUGCACCUCUGUCCCCAACCCCCCCCCCCACCACACGAACCCAUGCCUGUUAUCUGUUAGCUGAAAGGUGUGCAGCCUACCCAAGGGCCUGCCCUGUGAGUAGCACAGAGGCCAUCCUCAAAUGAGAGGAUCUUGCCUCCCUGUUUCUCACACAAACUCGGGGCAAUACAUAUUUUAAAUAAUUACAUAAUAGGCACUCUCGUUUUUCCCCCUGCCUCCGCCCCCUCCGCUUACAAAAAUCUGGGUCUUAUGGUCUUGGGGAGUGAGGAAAUUUGAAUUGAUAGAAAUCCUGAUAGGUUCAUCAUUAGUCAGGGCAUCAAAAGUUACUAGGAGAAUGGGGUUGAGAGGGAUAAUAAAUCAGCCACGCUGGAACAACAGAGCAGGCUUAAUGGGCCGAAUGGCCUAAUUCUGCUCUUGCGUCUAAUACCUCAGACACUGCCAUCUACCAGAGAAGAAUGUGCACUCCUUUUGAAAACUCCUGUGGUCGUUUGAUUGAAUUCUGGUCAGAAGCUAAGUUGCCCAGAUCCAGAAGAUAUCUCUGGCCAAUAAACGACUUGUUUUUUUUUCUUCCCAUGUCGGUGUACUCAAAGUAGAGUUAUUCCUAAAGCCUGCUCUGUCUUCGUUUUGCCUUAGCGCUUCUUACCAUUAUAGUCUUAUGGCUUCUGUUCCACUCCCUCCUUUGGGAAGGGAGGGGUGAAGUGGGCGGGCAGGCAGCUCUCUUCAGAAGGAUGGUUGGGGCUGGGUGUGAGACCCACCAAACACAAGAUCCAAUCAAGCAAAAUGGUAUUAAGUUGCAGUACAGCAUGAAGCCUGUUCAUUCAGCUUGGAGUUUAGUCACAUAGUGCUUCAAACAGCCUCCUUAAGAUGAGGGUGGAUCCUAAUCUGCUUCUCAGAAAAGUCUUGAUAGGUUUCAGAGCCAUCUUGUCUAUACAUUAUUCCUCUUUAUUACUGUGGGAAAAUAAAAUAGCCCUUCAGGAUUCCCUCUAGAAACUCGGCAAGUCAGGUAGCAUCUAUGGAGGGGAAUAAAUAGCUGACGUUUCAGUCUAAUGAAGGGUCUCAGCCCAAAACGCCAGCUCUUUUAUUCCUAUUCGUGGAUGUUGUCCGACCUAUUGGGUUCCCCCGGCGCGUUGUGUGUUCCGGAAGGUUCCAGCAUCUCUUGUGUUUUAAAAAUCCCUUUUUGAUCAAUUUUUUAAAAAGAUCUUAAAUCUCUCUCAGGCUAACUAUUAUACUCCCAGCAUCUAGUUUAAUUAAUUAUAUAUUUUAAAAAAAGAAACCACCAGGUGGAAAAUACAAGAGCAAACACACAACCAGCCGAUCCCAUUCCCACCUUCCAUUGUAGAAGUUGUUUCGUUCUGAUGUAUUCCUCAGUGAAAGUUCGUUAGAGUUGGAUUAAUCUUUUCAGACUUUCACUCCCCCCCCCACA